AUGUCGAGCAAUAGCGUCCGCCAUCGAGGCGGCAACAAAGAAAAAUCCUUACCUCCCUCUCCACCGCAAGACAUGGAUGGCAAGGCGAACGGCGGAAUUGAUCAGACGAUUGACAGCCUCCCAAAGGCAGUGAAAAGAGACUGGGAAUACAAAGUAGCUCUAGCUCUCAUAACCUCUGUUGCUUUUGUGACGCGGUUUUGGGGUAUUGGACAUCCUAACGAAGUGGUGUUCGACGAAGUUCAUUUUGGGAAGUUUGCAUCGUAUUACCUUGAGAGGACAUACUUCUUUGACGUCCAUCCCCCUUUCGGAAAACUUCUUUUUGCUCUCAUGGGAUGGUUCGUUGGCUAUGAUGGACACUUCCACUUUGAAAACAUCGGAGACUCAUACAUUUCGAACAAGGUGCCUUAUGUCGCAUUCAGAGCUAUGCCCGCGCUUUUGGGAUCACUGACAGUCCCUACCGUUUUUCUCAUAAUGUGGGAAUCUGGCUAUACGUUACCAGCUGCGAUUGUGGCUUCGAGUCUCGUUCUCUUCGACAAUGCCCACAUUGGCCAAACAAGAUUGAUAUUGCUUGACGCCACAUUGGUCUACGCGAUGUCCGUCAGCGUACUUUGCUACGUAAGAUUCUACAGGAUGAGGCAUGAGCCUUUUUCGAGGAAAUGGUGGAAAUGGCUUCUCCUGACAGGAGUUGCUUUGAGUUGUGUUAUUUCAACCAAAUACGUUGGAGUUUUCACUUUCUUCACUAUCGGCUGCGCUGUCGCCAUAGAUUUAUGGGGUCUUUUUGAUAUCAAUCGACCAGGAGGCGCUCUCUCUUUACCCGACUUUGGAAGGCAUUUCGCCGCGCGGCUUACAGGACUUAUCAUUGUACCCUUCUUGAUAUACUUAUUCUGGUUUCAAGUUCACUUUGCCAUUCUAUACAGAUCGGGUCCUGGUGAUGAUUUCAUGACGCCGGAGUUCCAAGAAACACUGUCUGAUAAUCUUAUGGCUUCCCAAGCGGUUGGGGUGGACUACUAUGACUCUGUCUCGAUCAAACACAAAGAAACAAAGACUUAUCUACAUAGCCAUCCUGACCGCUACCCUCUUCGCUACGAUGACGGUCGAGUGUCCAGUCAAGGCCAGCAAGUGACUGGUUACCCUUUCAAUGAUACAAACAACUACUGGCAAAUCGUACCUAAUAAAGUUCAUGAUCCCUCUGAUGUUGCGCCAGGACAGCAGGUCAAAAAUGGAGACUUCGUAAAGCUGCGUCAUUUGGUGACGGAUACGUACUUGCUCUCUCAUGACGUGGCUUCCCCAUACUACCCAACCAAUCAAGAGUUCACCUCUGUUGACGUUGAACAUACCAACGGUGAUCGUUAUAACGACACGCUCUUUCAAGUUAUGAUCGAAAAUGGAAAGAGCCAACAGCCACUUAAGACUAUGUCUGGGCAUUUCAAACUCAUCCAUGCCCCAUCCCGUGUCGCAAUGUGGACACAUACUAGCCCCCUCCCUGAAUGGGGCUUUAAGCAAGCGGAAAUCAAUGGUAAUAAGAAUUUACAGCAGUCCAGCAAUAUCUGGUAUGUCGAGGAAAUACCCUCCAUACCGACCGAUUCGCCUCGUCUAGAAAAAGAGGAGAGAAAGGUCAGAAGCAUGCCUUUCCUCAAGAAAUACAUCGAACUCCAGCGAGCAAUAUUUUUCCACAAUAACGCUUUGACAAGUAGUCAUCCAUAUGCAAGCCAACCGGUUCAGUGGCCCUUCCUACUUCGAGGAGUGAGCUUCUGGACACAUAAUGAUACAAGGCAGCAGAUCUACUUCCUUGGCAAUCCAAUUGGAUGGUGGCUAGCUAGCUCAUUGCUUGCCGUCUUUGCCGGCAUUGUUGGUGCGGACCAGCUAUCUCAGCGCCGUGGUGUCGACAGCUUGGAUGAGCGUACCCGUUUCCGCCUUUACAAUAGCACUGGCUUCUUUUUCCUUUGCUGGGCUGCCCAUUACCUGCCCUUUUACCUUAUGGGCCGCCAGCUUUUCUUGCAUCACUAUCUUCCCGCUCACUUGGCGUCCGCACUUGUUUCUGGUGCCCUUCUAGAAUUCAUCUUCAACUUAGACCCAGAUGGCCUAGAUUCCAAUUUUAUUGCAGAGACCACGGGUCGCUCGCCAUCCAAAGGCCCUAAAAAAUCGAGCGAGCUUGAUCGAACAGGAAAACGGGUGGUCGUGCCUGCUAAGCAGAGAGCUGGCGGAAUGCUAGGGCUGUGGGCUGCUAGUGGACUUGUGCUCGCUGUAGUCAUCUUUGGCUGGUAUUGGUACUUACCUUUAACUUAUGGGAAACCUGGCUUGACGGCGCAGGAAGUGAAUGCGAGGAAAUGGUUGAGCUACGACUUGCAUUUCGCGAAGUGA